GCGGGCCGGGGCCGGCAGGGACCCUCGGGAUGGAGCCCGGGAGCGCCGGGAAUCACCCCCGGGAGCGGUCUGGGCUGCUCCUGCCGGGCGGGAGGCGAUCCCCGGCUGCUGCCGCCUCCGGAAGCGCACAGAUAUCUGCGCACGGAUAAAAAUCUUGUGGCUGCUUUCAAAACCCAGAAGAUGAUCCCGGCUGCGCCAGUGGCAGGAGGAGCAGCAGGGAGCGGCGGCAUUCCCAGAGGAUGAGCGCCGGUGCUGGGCCAGCCUUGGAUUCCGCGGGGGAGGAGCCUUUCCAGGGCUGUCCCGAAGAAGAAUAAAUGGAGAUUGAUUCUGGACGAUGAGUAGCGAUGCUCUGGAGCAUAAAUGGAGAUUUUCAGGUGGAUAAAAUAGAAAUUUUUCCAGCAGGAUGGAGAAGAAGAAAAUCCUGAUGAAGUCCAAGGUUGCUGCUCCCAACCUCCUGAGGGCUCUGCAUUCCCUGUACCGGCUCGGGCACCUCUGCGAUGUGACAGUCCUCACCCAACACCUGGGAAUUCAGGAGGAAUUCCUGGCUCACAAAGCCGUCCUGGCGGCUUCCAGCAACUACUUCAAGGGGCUUUUCCUGCACCAGGAGAUGCUGGACGCCCAGAAGUGCACGGUGACUCUGCAGGACAUCUACACCGAGGAGUUCACCUCCUUCCUGGAGUUUGUGUACACAGCAGAGGUGGAGAUCGAGGCGGGAAAACUCCAGAGGAUGAAGGAAAUAGCGGAAAGGCUGGAGUGCAAGGAUUUGCUUGAUAUCUGUGAGGAAGUAAAGGCAGAGGGCAGGAAGGGCUUGGAUUUGAGCCUCCAUCUGAAAGGGCAGAGGGGUGAAAAUAGGGGAUCACAGUGGCCUUGUAUCCAGCAAGAGGAAAACCCCAGGAACUCUUCCCAGGUUGUGACAAUUCCCAUGCAGAGGAAACUUUGGGAUAGGCAGAAACAUAAGGAGCUGCUGCCGGGCUAUGAGCUCAUUGAAAGCCAAGCAGGAGGCCUGGAGCAGGAGGCCACAGCUUUUCCAGCCCCAAAAUCCAGGCCGGCAAAGCUGCCCAGGUGCAACAAGCCACAUUCCCCAAGCAGCCUGGGUGUGGAUGUCACCAGCCUGGAAAACAAGGAUGGUCAUUCCCUCCGCAGGGGGCAGGAGCAGAAGCAGGGAUCCCAGGCGUGUCCCUACUGUGACAAGGCCAUCAGCUCCAAGUGUGGCCUGGCCGUGCACAUCCGGACACACACCGGGGACGGGCCCUUCCGGUGCCAGCGCUGCCCCGCCAGCUUCGCCCACAGGGCUGCCUACACCUCCCACCUCAGGAAAAUCCAUGAGUCUGGGCAAGAGAGGAAACUCCUGCCUGUCUAUUGGAUGGUGGUUCCACCAAAUCCCACAAGCUGUGACAAAGGUCCUGACGGAGAGGCUUGGGAUGGGACGCCGGAAACCUCAGGGUGUGAGGGAGAUGCUGGGAGUUCAUCUGUUGCUGAAGCAGAAAGGAGCAAGGAGCAAGAGGAAUCCCAGGAAGCUGAAGAAGGGAAUGAAGACGAAGGUGGAAUGAGCGUGAAGGGUGAAGAGCAGGGAGACUAUGACACAGGAUACUCGGAAGUUGAAGGAAGCAGGGACAACGAGGAAUGUUCUGAGGAGGAUGACGCCUCAACAGAGAAGGAAAGCAAAGAACCUGAACCAGGGUUUAAGCUAAAGAAGGCCAGUAAAAAUGUGGCCAACAAGAAAUCCAUCUACGUGAUCCACUGCGACAAGUGCCAGGAGCAGUUUGUUUCCCGGAAAAAAUACGUGGAUCACUGCCGGGACGUGCACCAGAGCCUGCCCGGCAAGGUGUACCGCUGCGAGGUGUGCAGCAAGGCCUUCGCCAGCUACACCAGCUGGAAGGAGCACCGCGCCUGCGUGCACAGCGAGGAGAGGAGGUUCUCCUGCAGCCUCUGCCAGGCCACCUUCAAGAGGAAGCGGGAUGUGAGGACUCACUCCAUGCGGAAGCACGAGGGCAGGGCCAAGCGGCCGCUGUGCUCCGUGUGCGGGAAGAUCCUGAGCUCCCGCACGGCGCUGGUGUUCCACAUGCGGACGCACACCGGCGAGAAGCCCUACGAGUGCGGCGUGUGUCACUCCAGGUUUGCUCAGCCUUCCCAGCUCAAGAUCCAUACCAGAUCCCACACUGGGGAGAAGCCCUACAUUUGUGAGGACUGCGGCGCUUCCUUUGCCGACAAAGGAAAACUCACCAGCCACAAAAGGACACACACAGGAGAGCGGCUGUUCAGGUGUGACGUGUGCGGGAAGCACUUUGCCACCAACGAGUACCUGAAGUGCCACAAGCGCUGCCACCUGGGAGCCAAACCCUACAGGUGUGAGGUUUGUGGGAAAGCCUUCGGACUCAGAGCCUCCCUGGCCCAGCACAGCAACGUCCAUGCAGAGACCCGUCCCUAUUUCUGCGAGCAGUGUGGCAAGGCCUUCACGCAGCAGGGAGCGCUGCGGCGGCACCAGCGCAUCCACACCGGCGAGAAGCCCUACAAGUGCCGGGCCUGCGAGAGGACCUUCACCGACAUGUCCACCCUGCGCCGGCACGCGGCGAUCCAUGACCGGAACGCUCACUGGAGAAGCUUCUUGAUCGACCUGACACAAAAAAAGGACCACAAUUGGUCCAAAAUAGAGACUUUAGCGGAAGCGCAGCCGGGAGGGGAUCCCGUGCCGGAAAUUUGGACAGUUGACCACGGGAAACUUUAUAAACCAGGAAGCGCUAAAGCAGCAGCAGCACACGUGACACCUGGGCUUGGGGACACCGGGGACACCGACCCCUCCCUUUUGUACUUAUAAAGUCAGGUUUAGACCCAAAAAUGGGCGGUUGGAGGCGGAAUGGUGGGAGUUGCCCUUUGGAAUGCAGAAAAUCAUUCCCAAUGUUCAGUGCAGCUGCAUUGCAGGUGCUAAAGGGGUAAUUCCUCAUGAGGGUAUUUAUUCCACUGAAAUGUUUGCAUCUGUCCAGAGGUUUGUUUUUCCCAAAGCUGUGGGAGCAUCCCAUUGGGAACGGGCAGGGCGGGGUGUGUGUUUAUACAAACACAGCGCGGUGCCGCCGCUGUAAACCACCAAUUCCUCCUUUAAUAAAGCUGCCAGUACCGCCCAGCCCGUCC